GGCCGCGGGGCUCUGGAGACCUGCGGUCUGGAGCGGAUUUUGGAGGCACUGAAGCUGCUCCUGAGCCCGGGAGGAUCGGGCUCGAGUUCACUACAGAUCACAAAACAUGACGUCUUGUUAGCUACCUUACGAUCUAAUCUGUCUGCUUUGGAGGACAAGUUUCUGAAGGAUCCUCAUUGGACGACAUUGAAAGACCUGAGAGAUGAAAUAGCCGGGAGGGCAGAAUGUCUGCCAAACUCUGCGGAUGUCACCUGGACUUUUACUUCGCAAACCUUGUUGUUGCUUUUGUGCUUGAAAGAAGCCAUGCUUCGCCUUGCAGCAGGUUUCCGUCCAGGUGAACCCAACCCUAGCACUCCUGAAGCUGCUCCUGCCCUGAGCCCCGAUACACUUAGUAUCUCACAGCAGAAGACCGUCCAAUCGGUUUUGCAAUUUGUGGUCACUCUAGGCGUCUGUCCCUAUCUCAUGCCUGGUGUUGGAAUCCCUUUGAGGUGCAGGACUGAUUUUGGCGCCGUCAUUCAAGACGUGGUACACCUCGAUGUGCCUCCGGAUGCCACCCGGAGACUGUACACCACCUGUCGGCUGCUCCUAAACGUCGCUCAGCACGCCUCUCUCGGGAGCUUGAUUUUCUGCCGCCAUUUAGGGGACAUUGCAGCAGGAUUGUGCCAGCUGGGCUUCUGCCCUACCAAAAGAAAACCUCUAAAACCUGUGGAAGAAGCCAAGGUUUUAAAUGAAGAGGAAAGAGCUCUCUGUAAGGGGGCCUUGAGGGACAUCUUGGAUCAAGUGUAUCAGCCACUAGCAGUCCGAGAAUUACUUAUCCUCCAGGGAGGACCACCCGAGCCAUGCCCAGGUAGGAAGACACAGUUUGGGUCUCGGGCCCCAGCCUGGCUUCGGCGUCUUUGUGGGCAGCUGCUCUCUGAGCGGUUGAUGAGACCCAGUGGUGUUCAGGCAGUUGUCCGGGGCAUUUUGGAAGGAGCAGGAGCGGGGGCAGCUGGCGGGAGUGAUGCUGAGGUGAUGGCUGCUGACUGGAAGAAGUGUGACUUGAUCGCAAAGAUUUUGGCCUCUUGUCCCCAGCAGUCUCUUUCCCCAGAGAGUUACUACAAGGACAUCUGCCCUCAGAUUCUGGAUCUGUUUCACUUCCCAGACAAGUUGACAGCUCGGCAGUUUCAGAGGAUAGCCACCACUACCUUUAUUACCAUAUCAAGAGAACGCCCACAACUGGCGGCUGAGUAUUUGCUGCAGCCAGUGCUGGCUCCUCUUCAUCGAUGUCUGAAUACAGCAGAGUUGCCAGAGCGGGACACGGCACCAGGAACCAUUUUGGUGACAGAAGAAGAGCUUAGCCGAUGUCUUGAGGAUGUAUUUAAGGUGUACGUGGUCGGGAAUGAACCUCUGACCGUCUUGCUGGAUUCCCUCCUUCCCGUCCUGGGAGUGCUCUUUUCUCUCUACUGUUUCACCAAGCAGAGCGUGUCUCACAUAAGGUCACUUUGCCAAGAGAUUCUAUUGUGGACUCUGAAGAACCUGGAAAAGAAGAAGGCAGUUGCCAGCCUGAAAGGAUUUGCAGGGUUGGACAAACGUGUGCCCUCUCUCCAUUCUCUGUGUCGGUUUAGAGCUGCCAAUCACGGUGGCAUUAUGAUUACCAUCCAAGAGGCCAUUAGUGAGGAAGAUGAGGAUGAAGCCCUGUACCAGAAGGUGUCCUCAGAGCAGUGCCAGGUGGAGCACCUUGGGGACUUGCUGGUCCAGUGUCAGGAAUGUGGUUUGGCAGGAGACUUCUUCAUUUUCUGCCUCAAGGAGUUGACUCAAGUGGCUGUGGAAAACAAAGCAGAGUUCCAUACUCAGCCCUUCUCUAGCAAGAGCCUCUUGGACCUGGAGCAGCACCACACCUUGCUCGUGGAUGGCCAGGCGCGGAAGCUGCUGGUCCUGCAGCUGACGGCACUUCUCUGCGAGAGGCUGUCGGAGCAGGUCUUCACAAACAUCACUCAGGUGGUGGACUUUGUAGGAGCAACUCUGCAGAGAGCAUGUGCAAGCUUGGCCCAGCAGGCGGAGAGCCCCGUGGAAUCACAGACGCUGAGCAUGGCCAUGGGGCUGGUGGCUGUCAUGUUGGGAGGAGCUGUUCAGUUGAAGUCCAGCGAUUUUGCCAUCCUGAAGCAGUUGCUGCCUCUGCUAGAGAAGGUCUCCACCACCUACCCUGACCCUGUCAUCCAAGAGCUUGCUGAUGACCUGCGCAUCACCAUUGCUACCCAUGGAGCCUUUUCCACGGAGGCUGUCAAUGUGGCUGCCCAGAGUACCCUGAACAAAAAAGAUCCAGAAGGGAAAAUAGAAACCAACCAGGAGAGGUCCACUGAUGUUGCGAGGAGCCACUUGGAGCAACAGCAAAGCAGUGCGAACUCUAGCCACCAAGCAGGCCGAAAACCUGCUCAUGCCCCACUCAUUCCUCAGGAAGCCAGCAAAGCAAGCACCACUGUGGGCCAGAGAUCUCAAUGUAUCCCCUCAGAGGAGCUCCAGGAGGUUCUUUUAUCAGCUUACGAUCCUCAGAUUCCAACCCGCGCUGCUGCUCUGAGAACGCUUUCUCACUGGAUAGAGCAGAGAGAAGGAAACAUCCUUGAGAUAAAAGAGAAGCUUCUCAAGAUAUUCUUGGAGAACUUGGAGCAUGAAGAUACCUUUGUAUAUCUGUCUGCUAUUCAAGGGGCUGCCCUACUGGCAGAUGCAUACCCUGAGAAAAUCUUACUUGGCCUUUUGGCUCAGUAUGACAGUAGAAAGGAUAAGCACACGCCAGAGACCAGAAUGAAGGUCGGGGAAGUCCUGAUGCGAAUUGUCAGAGCAUUGGGAGAUAUGGUCGCAAAGUACCGAGACCCUCUGGUGCACACCUUCCUGAGGGGAACGCGAGAUCCAGAUAGUGCUCACAGGGCCAGCAGCUUAUCCAACCUUGGAGAGCUGUGCCAGAGGCUGGACUUUCUGCUGGGCGCCAUGAUUCACGAGGUAACCGCUUGCCUGACCGCUGUGGCUAAAACAGAUCGGGAUGUCCAAGUGCGCAGAGCUGCCAUCCAUGUGAUUGUGCUGCUGUUUCGGGGACUCAGCCAGAAAGCUACAGAGGUGCUGAGAGAUGUCCUCAAGGAUCUCUACCACCUGCUGAAGCACGUGGUGCGCUCGGAGCCGGAUGAUGUGGCCAGGCUCCAUGCCCAGUUGGCCCUGGAAGAACUGGAUGAGAUCAUGAGAAACUUCCUGUUUCCGCAGCAAAAGCUGGAGAAGAAGAUCGUGGUCUUGCCAUAAUUAGACCCACAAGCAGCCAGAGCAGUUCCCAGGCCGUCCAGCAGGUGGCCCCACUGCCUCUUUGGUGCUGGCAAUAUGGCUGACGCUGGCCUGGACCUUCUAACUCUGGCCAAUUGUAGCUUCAAGUUGACCUUCUGGAAACAUCUCUGUAGCCACCCUGCAAUUGACAGACACGGAUUUAUAUGUCUCAUUACUCUGUCCAUUUUACACUGCCCUGUGGCAUUUAGAGAGGGACACUUGCCUAACGGAGGUGUGUUUUGAAAUACCUGAUGGAAUCUGAUGAAGUGGCCUUGCUCUUAUGAUUUGAGUAAAAGAGGUGGUCUCCGGGUGUCAGAUGCCUUGCUCUCUGUGAUGAGAGGACUCUAGGUUGUGAGGUGAGGGCCAGGCCAAGCUAGUCAUCCUUGGCUGCUGCAGAGGCCACUCGGAGUUUGUAGAUGCAGGCAGAGGUAGGGGAGGCAAGGAAAUUGUUAGCAAAUCACACAAAAUGGAAUGAAAUGCUCUUGCCUGGGAAGACCAAAGGUCUGACUCAGGCCCUCUGCUGUUGAGAUGGAAAGCUGUGGAGUUGAGAAGGUUUUGAUCCCCAGAGAAGAGAAUCCAGCUAGUUGUAUCUUCCAAAGAAAGGUAAGCCCCGGGCCUAUUCUCCCUGAUCAUCUUCUUUCCCUUCCUCUGCCUCUGAAUAGAGCAGCCCUGACUACCAGGAGGAGAGAGGCACACGCAUCUCUGAUGCGAGUUUGCGCCCUGCAUCCAGUGCUGCUGUACAAAGAGGAAGGCUCAGACGAAGGGUUAGUGUGAAAAUGCAUGCUGGAAAUGAUGGUGCAAACUGGUGACCAGAUGCCAGCUUUAUUAAACUGAUUUCAGAUGUAACGUACACCUAUAUAGAUUUUUGGCUACUGCACUUUGAUUGCAGCUUAAAGUGAUGACAAAAGGGAGAAACAGUCUAGCUGCUUCAGGCAAGCCCCUGACACCUUGAUAAGCCUUCCCACAGCCCCUUGGUCAGUGACCGGCUUUGUAGGCUUUGAAGGACUCAGUGAGGAAUUCUGUCACAGGUGGUAUGUUGUGCCCAAGCUCUCAAGAGACUGAAGGAUCUCUCGAUAGACACACACAUCUCCAGCCAACAGGAUCAUUCUCCCUGGUGUGAUUUACAAAUGCAUGCUCAGCGCUGAGCUUUUGAGGUGAUCAUCUCUUCAAAGAACCCAAAUUACACACAAUUAACAGACCACAAGUUGGCUUAGUGUACAAAGACUUAGGACAAAGGCAGAUACUUUAAUUUUUUUCAGGUAGAUAUUUUUACCUGUAGCAGGAGAGCUGUCUUCUUUUCCAUCCUCUAGCUCAAGGAUAUCUAGAAAAUCAGGCUCGGUGUUUUCAAGUCAGAGGAGAAUCUCCUUUGGACCAGAUAAGUGUAUGCUAAAACUUCUUGUUCCUUGCCUUCCUUUAGUGAAACUUCAUCCAGUCCACCUCAGAGAAUCCGAAUGAAUGUGCAGGCUGGAAUGAUUGAUUUAGUGUACAGUUUCUUAUGCAUUAAAUACACUCUACUUCCAAGGACAUAUCUUGAUUGAUCACCACGCUUAGCCUGAGAAACUCUCUAGUCUAAAAACCUAGUUUCUAUGUGCAGUUUCACAAAUAUUCCCAGUCCAUUUAUUUCCCUUUAUAUCACCUUUUAAUUGGAACUAUUUGGCAAGUGGCUAGAAACAUUUGUUGUUUGCUGAUUUUGAUGGGCUCAGUGUCAGGGAGUGACCUUUUUUCUAACCUUGUUACCAAAUUCAAAGGAAAAGAUACCUUACUUUAAUCUUCAUAAACAUGACAAAAUUCAAAAUUAUGAAAGAUAUCUUUCAUAUAGAUAUGUGUGCAAUGCAGUGAUUACUGAAUGUGACUCUUCUAGCCACAGUAUUUGUCACUUCCACUAAACCACAUUUGUGUGUGCUCCUGGUGGGUGUGGGUAAGAAGGUGGGGGAAGAUACUGAUCGGGUUAUGAUUCGGCUGUGAGUGAUUGCUAACAAGGUUCAUUGUGAUUGUCAUCCUGUGGAGUAUGAAAAUGAGCCAUCUUAGUGCUUGCUUUGGCAGCACACAUACUAGAACUGGAACAAUACAGAGAAGAUUAGUAUGGCCCCUGCACAAGGGUGACACGCAAAUUCAUGAAGUAUUCCAUAUUAAAAAAAAAUCUUAGAAGCAGGAGUCGGGGUGGGGGAGUGGAUCUUAUUACCAGCAAAAGUGAAGGCCCAGGAAGUAGAGUGUGUCCUUUGGACUCCAAAAUUCCCAUGCACUGAACUGCCUUGGAGCAGGAGUGGCAGCAGCAGAAUCCAGAGCCAGAGUAUGAAACACAGAAAAUGGACUUCCAGCUCACAGAGCAACUAAAUGCUUAGUGCCUUCAGGCAGGGGUCUGGCUUGUAGAGUAGGAUGCCUCCAGGCACAUAACUGGAGGAGCUAGGUUUGCCGACCCACAGGCUUGUGGCAGAGCAGUGUGUCCUUUGGGCAUGUAUUGGCUGUCCUAAAAGGGUUUUUGCAACAUUGUACAAUCAGGGAAAAGGCCAUUGGGUAUGUGGCUGGGGGGGGUCAAAGGCCAGAGAGCUGCCUGCCUGCAGAUGUGGCAGAAAAGAGUCCGUCCUGUCUGAACAAUUGUAUCCUGGGCACGUGUAACCUGUUAACUUCCUUAAUAAACCCCUUAAUCGUGA